AUGGCUCAUCGGCUAGCCAACCUUCCAGUCGCCGCCGACGAGAACGCCUCCGUGGAGAACCGGGGGUGUCAGCUGUGGGACACAGUCCAGUCAACCGUCCUGAAUGUUCUCGGCCGCGGACGUCAUCAGCACCAGGACUGGUUCGACGACAACGACACCGCCAUCAGCAGUCUGCUCGCCGAGAAGAGCCGGUUGCACAAAGUGUACGUUAACCACCCUACCGACGCAAACAAAGCAGCUUUCUACCGGAGUCUCUACCUUGUGUAG